UAGUAUACUACGAUAUAAUAUUGUUGCAAUUAUUGCGUCACAACUGGAUAAAAACGUGCACAAUUCAAGAUGGAGGAAUACGCGAGAGAGCCUUGUCCUUACCGUAUCGUCGAUGACUGUGGUGGAGCGUUUAUGAUGGGUGCCAUCGGUGGAGGAAUCUUCUCGUUUGUAAAAGGAUGGAGAAAUUCGCCGGCUGGGCAAAGACUUUAUGGCAGUAUAGGUGCUGUCAAAACAAGAGCUCCUGUACUAGGAGGUAAUUUAGCUGUAUGGGGAGGUUUAUUUUCUACAUUUGACUGUUGUCUAAUGGGAAUACGUGGUAAAGAGGAUCCAUGGAACUCAAUAGGUAGUGGUGCCAUUACAGGAGCUGUAUUAGCUGCAAGAGGUGGACCAUCAGCAGCCCUGAGGUCAGCAGCAUUAGGAGCUGUACUGUUAGCAUUAAUUGAAGGGAUAGGAAUUGGUAUCACAAGAAUGACUGCAGAACAAUUCAAACCAGUCAUGCCGCAGCCUCCAGACCCUGCACAGCUACCUCCCAAACCAUUCAACCCUACACCACAACCAAUACAGCCAGGAUCAGAAUUUGAUUAUCAGCCACAGUAUCAAUAGGAAAAGGGAUACAAUGUAAUUAUGACAAAUUUUUGAGGAUGCUUUAACUGAUGUUACAAAGCCCAGUUAUCCAGUCUUUAAAGGAACAAUGUUGAAAAAGGCAGGGCUUACUUUUUCUUUGCCUCCCUCUGGAAAGCCUGCACUGAAAGGACUGACUGGUAAAGGAGCAAGCCUUAUGAUGGGAAUUUAAUACUGGGAGCUGUGUUUGUUUGGCAUUGUCAUUAAAAAAAGGAACAACACACAGAUGUGUGCCAGACAUAAAAUUGCUUCACGUUAUGGUAAUAUAAAACAAAAUGACAACAGAGGCAAGGUGUUAGUGAACUUGUACCUACACAUGGCAUCAUCAUGAACUUGUAACUAAGGAUUUUGAUAAUUGUACAAACUGGACAUGUUUGUUGCUUUGGUUUGCAACCCAUUUGAGUAGUUUUGCUUAAAAGUAGUAUUUUUUGUUUUGUUUCAAUAUCUGCAGUAAAUACAAUAAGCAAAUGAUGCUGUAGUAUCCAUGUUUUAAACUGAGUUUAUUUAGAAAGUAGUGGAAAUAAUUUGCAGAAUAUUAAAGUUAUUAUGUUUUCAAGUAUA